UUCAUCACGGUGGAACACCUGGUGAAGAAGCAGAAGAAGAGGCGAUAAUUGAGCGAAGGUGUUUAGUCGAAAACUAGUUUCGCACAAUUCCGCGCGUGUGGCAUGUGUUUCUAGCAAUUGGUGCUCCUGCUAGUACUACUAACCGAGCAAUUCAACCAAGGGAAAAGAGUGUGUUCAACAGUCGAUAACAUAACUCUUCACACCGAGCUUUUCCGACUUCGACUUUGAACCGGCAGGAUUGGAGAAAGAGUGUGCAAAGCCGGAAAAACUUGUGUAAAUAUUUACAUUUGUACGUUCAAAAAUAAGCGCUCACCGACCAGCGGCAAGUGAUUUAUCGUACGCAGGAAAAUAUCUGUGUGAAAGUUUGUGCUGUCCGCAAUUACCGCAAAACAGAUAUACAUAAACCAGAGAUUGUCGCCAGUGUGGAAAAGUGCUACCUGUUACCUCGUGAGGGCGGAAAAAUGACCUAUACACAAGGGGGAAAAAUUGCCAUUUGAUAGUUUUUUUUUUCUCGCUCUUUAAAAAAAACACUGAGCCGUUGUGUGUAACACAGUAGCCCAUGCUAUCAAGUCUACGCAGGGAUUAUUCGACAGCAGAAGCCGUGCUAUCAUCUAAGCCAACCCAGCACAGCGGCAUCAAGAUGAAGCUGUUACCGAUACCGUUGUCACCGUUGAACCCCCCGGCACCCCUGGGCAUCUGGGGAUCGGAUUUACUAUGGCGGUAUCCACCGGCACCACCCAGCCCACUAGCUGAUCUCAAGACACAGCUACCGCCACAGCUGAACACCGAUCCGCGGAUUUGGGGCCGUGAAGAGGUCGCUAUAUUUCUACGCUUCUGUGAGCGAGAAUUUGACCUUCCCAAAUUUGACGUGGACCUGUUCCAAAUGAACGGCAAAGCUCUCUGUGUACUGACCAAGAAUGACCUCGCAGAACGCAGCCCCGGCGCCGGAGAUGUUCUGCACAACGUUCUGCAGAUGCUCGUCCGCGAUUCACAAACCCUGCAUCGCCAUCUACCGAGCAGUCCGGUAACUCCGACUAGCCGUUAUCCAUUAUCACCUCACAGCCAUCCUCCAACGCCAAACUGGAGCGCCUUAGCCCCUCCAGAUAGUCCUUUCUUCCACAACAGCCACCUGCAACAGUUCAUGGCCGCAUCAAACUCCGUGACUCUCAGCCCAGCGCCAUCCAUCGACUCACAAGCCGGAAGUCCUCCGCAAAGCCACCAAGAGCAGAUGCAGAACGUUUUCCAGAAAUCCUCCAGCAGUAGUAGCAGUACCCACACGCAAAACUCAGGAGGAAGCAGCAAUCAGUCCGAUUCGGACGAGGACAAUUCCACUGCCAGAUACCACCCACUUCCACUGUCCCACCCGGAUAGUAAACUACCCCUACUUACCCAACAAACUCAGAGCCCUCCACUGACCCCAAUAUCCAAGGAAACACAACACCUGGGUCAGUUGCAGCUACUCGACACUAAGACUCUGCAAUACCCAGUAUCAUCGCUACUGAACAAUAGCUCCAGCACAAACAAUAACAACAACAACGGAUCCAGCGCCACAAAUGGCAGCAGUACGAACAACGGAAGCGUAAGCAACGGGAACAGCUCUUCCAUUGGAUCCAAUGGCCAUUCUCUCAACUUGAAAUCGCCUACGCUGUCACCCCCAUCCAGUGCAUCGCCCACUGGGUCCUCUUCGGCACCGAACACUCCGGGAGCAUUUCUUCCGGUCAAGCGAGAGUUCUUUCCCGACGGUCCGGAACCUAACACAAAUGGUAGAUUACUGUGGGACUUUCUGCAGCAGCUGUUGAACGAUCCAUCCCAGCGUUACAGUAGCUACAUUGCGUGGAAGUGCCGGGACACCGGAGUGUUCAAGAUCGUCGACCCUGCCGGGCUGGCGAAGCUAUGGGGCAAGCAGAAGAACCAUCUCUCGAUGAACUACGAUAAAAUGUCCCGUGCGCUGCGGUACUACUACCGUGUCAACAUUCUGCGCAAGGUGCAGGGCGAGCGGCACUGUUACCAAUUCCUCCGAAAUCCAACGGAGCUGAAAAGCAUCAAGAACAUCUCGCUACUUCGUCAAACCAUGGCCAGUCAAAGCGCAAACGGACAAUCCGCGGCAUCGGCCGGCGCAGCCAAUAGCCAUUCGCUGAUGUCCCUCCUGCCAAAUGGUGCUAACAUUCAUCACUUGGCUGCUGCUGCCGCGGCCGCUGCCGCCUCCCAUCAUCAGGCGAACGGAGGUGCUCCGAUUUCGCCGACCGCGCUGCAUCAUUCUCAUCACCAAUCGCAAUCGUCAGUACAAAACUCAGCGCCCUCGAAUGGCGUCGUCAACGGUCACCACAUCAAGAUGGAAACGGACCUGGACGAACUGAAGCCAACCGAUCUGAGUACAAGCGACCGUAAAUAUUACGGUACCGGAUCCAGCGGUGUUGAUUGUUACCCCUUGAUUAGGAACGCAAACGGUCUGACCACCAUCCAGCUGCUACGGCAACAGCAAGCCCAACACUCCCAGGAAAACGGUUCACCACCACCGUCUCCCAGUCAUUUGUCACUCAACUCCCAAUCCCUGCACACCAUCAGCAAUAACCUGCACCACUUGCACCAGCAGCAAAUGCAAGCACAGGCAGCUGCCGCGGCAGCUGCUGUAGCCGCCGCUGAAGCACGGCACCAACAACACCAGGAAGAAGAUCACCGGCUAGAACAACUGGAGCAUGAUCGUGAACACGACCGAGAUCGAAGCCCCUCGCCAGCGGACCACCAGCAGCAGCAGCACCAUCUACAUGCCGGAAAAACCAGCGACGAUGAAAACAUGAUGCCCACGGAUCUUAGCAAAUCCGAUUCAAUGUACUACAAGUAGGCGGUUGUUCCCACUCAAAUGGCAACACUGCUGUGACAAUCAUCAUAUACAGAGGACGCUUCGACGGAAGAUAGCUUGUGCUAUCGGACCACAGCCAGAGACCGGCGUAACGAGAGAUCUCAGCAACCACCGGUGCCAUCCUUCCAUUUACGGUAGAGAGCGAAAAGGCGAUCUCAUUGGCUGUGGUCCAUCCAUGGCUACCUUGAUCUUCCGUGUGUAUAUCACAAUCGACUGAACAAAAAAAAUUAAGAAAAAAGUAAAAAAAAAACAAAAAAAAACACGUGUGAUAGAAACAAAACGGCGGAAAUUGUAAACAAAACAAACAAACAAAAUCCGGAACGGAAAAACAAAUGUGCCAAUCGUUCUCAUUAUUGCUAUCGUUUCAGAGUUUAAUCAUUCAAAGGUGUCUCGCAGGGG